AUGGGUGUUCAAGGUCUUUGGACGCUGGUGAAUCCAGCUGCCCGUCCUGUACAACUCGAAACGCUUCGUAAUCGGAAAAUGGCUGUCGAUGCAAGUAUUUGGAUCCACCAGUUUAUGCGCACCAUGAGAGACAAGGAAGGAAAUGCGCUGCGCAAUGGCCACUUGCUGGGAUUCUUCCGACGUUUAUGCAAGUUACUGUUCUACAACAUUAAACCCGUGUUUGUUUUCGAUGGUGGUGCACCUGCACUCAAGCGAUCUACAAUCAAAGAACGUCGUCGACGCCGAGAAGGCAUCAGCACUAAUUUGAAACGAACUGCUGAAAAGAUUCUGAGUGCUCAGGUGAAAACGCGAGUUUUGCUAGAAGAAGAACGCAAACACAAAGGCGAAGCAGAGGAACAAGUAGACGAACAAUAUGCAUACUUUGAUGAACUAGAGAAAAAUGCAGCUCUGGAGAACAUCAAGCAAAAAAUGAAGCGAGAUCAAUACGAACUGCCAGCUAUGCCGGACACGACGGCGAAACCAAUUAUGAAGAUUGAUCCACGUUUGGCAACAGAGCAAGAACUGAUUGACUUUAUCAACGAGUACCGGCCGUCUAAAGAAGAUAUUGACUCUGAAGCAUUUCUGGCUCUGCCACCCGAAAUACAGUUUGAGAUUGUGCGAGACUUGGGCAUGGAAUCGCGUCGGACGUCUUGGGCUCGCUUGGAUGAAAUGGUGCGACAGUCUCGGACCGCCAUGGAUUUUUCAAAGCAACAGAUCAAGCUGCUCAAACAUAGGAACGAAAUGACACAACGAUUGCUACAGCUCAACGAAAAACCAAGUUUGGAAUCCAACGACAGGGGCAUCCCUACGCGGAUCGCAGGCGAACGCAGUAGAGAAUACAUGCUUGUCAAGAAUGAAAAUAUUGAUCAAGGUCUUGGAUGGAAGCUACCUGGUUUGAGUACCGCAGCAGCAACUACAGUGAAAAGUCCGGGUUCAGAGGAAGAGACAAAAAGUAACUUGGAGCAACAGCAGCAAGAAGUUACUGAAGGUCACAGCGAAACCAAACAAGAAACUAGGGACAAAGUCAAAGACGCAAUUGCUUCAAAUCCAAAGCUAGCUGCUCUGUUAUCCACUUUUGACAGCGAUGAAGAUGAGGAGGUGGAGGAGGAGGCGAACGGCAAUAACAACGAAUACGAGGAACAAGCAAUGAGUGACGGAAGACACGAUCACAAGGAUUAUUCGGACGUUAACGAUGAAGAUGAACCUUUGUUUCUCAACCAGGAUGUAACCAACAAACGUCGGUCGUCUUUGAUGGACAAUAUGCAGGCAUAUGUUGAAGAUGACGACGAAGCAGUAAACGAAGUAAUACGCAGAAUAUACGCGGAUGAUGAAAAAGAAGAAGGAGCAUAUGGUACAACAGAUGAGUUUCAUAAGUCAUCACCUCCAUCCGCACCGGAUUCAGCAAUUUUGGAUGCAGAUGGGAUGUACCAAUUAUGGAUAUCUCGUGUUCCGGACUCGUACAUAUACUUGCAUUCCAUCAAUGACGAAUAUAAGCGUCUACUGCAAUCUGCCGUGUAUGAACAGGACAUUCAGCAAUUGGAGGACCAGCUCAAACGGGUCCAGAAAAUGUACGGCAAGACGAGUGAUCGAGAUGAUAUGGGUUUGGAUGCCUUGGCCUUUCAAGAACGCUAUAUCACGGACAUACUGCGGUGGAGACGCAUUCUGCAACAACAAGAGCACGAAGCACAACAGCGACACUCGGCAAAUGCGCCUGACGCCGAGAUGUCACUAGUUGAUACUGGCUAUUCAACACACCUACCUGAAAAGCAAACAACGGAUCGUAUAGAAAAGCCCAAGGAGUCAUUACCACUUUCACCGUCUGUAUCCACAACAAGAGAGCAAUCAGAUAGUGCGCCAGCUGCAUCAGCUGUGAGACUAGAUACCGAAAAGGUGCCUACACAGGUUCAGCAGCACUUUGCUCAGGAUGUGACCAUGGAGGAAGAGAAACAGUCCAAGUCACCCGAGAAACGCGCAGUUGUCGACAAUCCAUGGUCUCCAGAAUCGGACAAUGACUAUGUGAUGAUGGAUGAUGAUGAUGAAGACGAUAUUGAUAUACCCUUGGUUGAGAACAAUACAACCAAAGAACAGAGCGCAACUGAGCAGCUACAGCAGCAGAACUCUUCUCCUGGAAAAACCUUACCAGAAGAAAUCUCUUCCAGACAUGCAUCUCCUCCUUCUUCAAAGACUGACCAGUCAAAAGCUACCACCGAGCCAUCCUAUGAACCAGCAGAACCUGACAAAGAAGCAGAAACUGGUGAAAUCAAAGUAUUGGAUGAGUCAAAGAGUGAUGAAUCAAAUAUCGACGAUGAACAAGAAAAAGUAUCUAUGAUGCAAGCCACUGUUGACGUGCAAGAGCAAGGGUCCACUGUGGAUCUGGAACAAGAACUUCAAGCAGCUCAAGAGCUUGCAGCCGAACCGUAUGGCUACAACUCAGAUGAGGAGCUGACGGGCGAUGUUGGCGGUGAAGAGACUGAGUAUGCUCGUUUCGUAUCUGAUAUCGCGAACAAAGACAUUGAAAGUGUGCGGCAAGAGCUACAUCGAGAUAUGAAAGAGUUGAAUAAACAGCAGCGCAAAGAGAUGGGCAACACCGAUGAUGUGACGAACCAAAUGGUUCAAGAUAUUCAGGAAAUGCUGCGCUUGUUUGGUAUCCCCUAUGUCAUAUCACCGAUGGAAGCUGAAGCACAAUGCGCCGAAUUGGCCCGUUUAUCAUUGGUGGAAGGUGUUGUGACGGAUGAUUCGGAUGUGUUCUUGUUUGGCGGCACCCGCAUCUAUAAGAACAUGUUCAACCAACAAAAAUAUGUCGAAUGCUAUAUUAUGCAUGAUCUUGAGAGGGAGAUGCGACUGGAUCGGAGCAAACUGGUGCAAUUGGCAUUCUUGUUGGGCAGUGACUAUACUGAUGGCAUACCGGGUAUUGGUCCAGUUGCAGCAAUCGAAAUUUUGGCAGAGUUUACCAAAGACGAGGACAAAAAGAUUGAAGCCCCUCUAGAACGAUUCCGGGUAUGGUAUGAAAGUGGGAAAGAUGAGAAUGAUUUCCAAAGAAAACUGAGAAAGAAGCACAAGGAUCUUGAGAUCCCAUCAGACUUUCCCAGUCCACUUGUGAUUGAAGCGUAUUAUCAUCCAAUGGUUGAAUCAUCUCAAGAAGAGUUUCAAUGGGGUACGCCACAGCUUGAUAUGCUUCGGUUGUUCCUGAUGGAAUCAUUUACAUGGUCUGAGAAGAAGGCAGAUGAGGUGUUGAUACCGGUCAUACGUGAAAUGAAUAAGCGCAAGAGUGAAGGUCAACAAACAAACAUUGGAACGUUUCUGGAUACGUCCACGGGAACCACCACAACAAACUAUGCUCCCCACAAGCGGAAACCCCACAAAAGCAAACGCGUGCAGUCAGCCAUCAAUCGCUGGCGUAAAGAGAAGGACACAGGUGAAGAAGCACCCAAAGAGCAAAAGCGCAAGAGAACACGUCGCUCAUAA